UCUCUGUCUUUCUCUCUCCCUUGCUCGCUCUCUGGUCCACUCCCCCUCGCCCGUUCCUCCUACGGUGCGCCUGGAAGGGAUAGCUCAGUUAUCAGGUAGCAACGCGCACAGUGUAGCUGAGGUCGUGAGGAAGACAACAGUGUAACCGGAGGAGGGUUUUAGAGAUAGAUUUCUUCUUAGGUAGCUGCUAUUAAUGGUCGGAAUGAAAAAAAUUGUGUACCUUCUGAUCCCACUCCUUGCGCUGGUGUCUUCGGUGCGGGCGGAUGCGAAAAGUGGGAAAGAGGCUGAAAAUGCGGGGAAUUUUAUGGAAGAUGAGCAAUGGCUGUCAACCAUUUCACAAUACAGCCGCAAGAUUAAACACUGGAAUCGCUUCAGAGACGAAGUGGAGGAUGACUACAUUCGGACAGUGGAGGACCACCAAGGCUCUGAGGAAAGUUUGGACACCACCAAGGACCCCUGUCAGAAAGUGAAGUGCAGCCGCAACAAGGUGUGCGUUGCCCAGGGCUACCAGCGCGCCAUGUGCAUCAACCGCAAGAAAAUGGAGCACCGGAUCCGGCAGCCUGGCGUUCACCCGCAUGAGAAAAGCUGCAAGACGUGUCCAGUGGUGGCCAGCACCGUGCCUGUGUGUGGGUCGGACGGACACAACUACGCCUCAAAGUGUAAGCUGGAGCAGCAGGGUUGUCUGACGGACAAGGAGCUGAGUGUGAGGUGCGAGGGCCUGUGUCCCUGCACCACGCCUGCCAGCCGCGUCACCAGCGCCGAGGCCAAACACGAGAGCUGCACGGGCCAGGAUCUGGCAGAUCUGGGGGAUCGUCUCCGAGACUGGUUCCAGCUUCUCCAUGGCAACGCCAAGCAGAACAACUCGGGCAAGCCGGGCCCAGGCACGGCAUCAGUCUUGGACAGGAACUUGGUAGCCACCUGCAAAGACUCCAUUGGCUGGAUGUUCUCCAAGCUGGACACCAACAGUGACCUCUACCUGGACCAGGCAGAGCUGGCCGCCAUCAAUCUGGACAAGUACGAGGUCUGCAUCCGGCCCUUCUUCAACUCCUGCGACAGCUACAAGGACGGGAAGGUGUCCACGGCCGAGUGGUGCCUCUGCUUCUGGCGAGAGAAACCUCCGUGUCUGGCAGAGCUGGAGAGGAUGCAGGUGCAGGAGCCUGCCAAGAACAGACUGGGCAUGUACAUCCCCAGCUGUGAUGAGGAUGGCUACUACCGUAAGCUCCAGUGUGACCAGGCCAGGGGCGAGUGCUGGUGUGUGGACCAGCAUGGUGGGGAAUUGAUGGGCUCCAGAAUCCAUGGCAACCCUGACUGUGAUGAGGUGGCCGGCUACUCCGGGGACUUCGGCAGCGGCGUGGGCUGGGACGACGAGGAGGAGAAGGAGGCCGAGGAGACCGGCGAGGAGGCCGAGGAGGAGGAAGAGGAGGAGAGGGUGGAGGCCGACGACGGAGGCUACAUCUGGUAAAGACGCUGAACCCAGCCAAGAGCACCUGCGGUUCAGUUGUAGCAUCCCUCUCCCCUCACCCUACCUCCACCCCCCCCCCCCAUACCCCUCAACCAGUCUCAUCCCCAGAUACACGGUUCUCUCCCCUCCCCCCCCGCUCCCUUCGACCCCAGGAGAAACAUACACUACCGAUUUGCUGGAAGGGUAACGGGUACAUGGAAAGAGCAGGUCUUGCCCCUAAGUACAUGUGUUCAUGCUUUAUAUAGUUUCUUAUUCUGUUCUGCUGUGCAACCAGAGAGGUUAGUUGUUGUGCGCUCCUUAUGACCUGGCGCCAUAGUUGAGAUCAAUGUUCAAAACGGCUGUAGUCUCAUGGUUAAAGCGUCCAUCUUAUGAAGAGGUCUUAGCCACUAUGUUGUCAUAGCCUUUUCGCGUAUGCAAGGGACGUGCAUCACUCGCAGUCACAAGACUUACUUCAUGACUCGUGUAAAUACAGCACAGCACCUCCAUCAGUUCCAGUGAGCUGGAAUAUGAGUCGGAGUCGAGUCUAAUGCGAUUCAGCACUGACCAAACGUGACAUCGGCAAUGCAAACGGCAUCACAAUGCUGCUUCUGAGUUUGAUCACAGGGGGAAACAUAAAUUGGAUUGGCCUCACUCGAAAAGCUACAAUGCUUUUUUAAGAAAAAAAAAAAAAAAGUCUUUGGGGGGAGGGGGGAGGGAAAGAAAGAAAAGACAAAUGAAACUGACAAGCCCAAAUCCCUUAGCAAUGAUGCAUGAAGCUAACUGCGACCAAAAUAACUCUUGCUGUGGGGUGUGAUUUGGCACUGCAGAUAAAUGGAGAUUCGCUAACUGUGCUGAGCGCGUGCUCUGAUAGAUGACUGAGACUCGUCCCUUCUGUGGCCCCUCAGUUGUUCAAAGGGAGAUCAUUUGUAAUCUUUCACAGCUCUGUCUUUCAUGCAUACACGAGUACACUUAGCACUGACCACUGGUGUGAUUAAGUUAAGGCGUUUAUUUUUUGUUAUUAUUGACUAUCGACAAGAUGAAGCCCAUGUUUGUAAGCGGCUUAGGAGAUGAUUCAUGCGAGAUUUGGAAACGUUAAGUAUGAAUAUAUAUAUGACGUUUCAUCCUCUUUAAGAACAAGUAAAAGAAAAAAAGAAAUCAUUUUUUUUCAUCUCCCUUUAAAGAACUGCCCCUGAAGUUCUCAUUUUUGAUGAAUGUGCCACACUUUGUUCAUUUCAGUUCUUUUCAGUGUGUUACUUGAAUGUGUAUUUCCUUUCUGUUACAAAACAAAAAAAUGUUUCAAGAAGUUAACUGUGUAUACGGUACUUGAAAACUCGCUGUUGGAAUUUGUUUUUUUCAA